AGACUUGACAUGUCAACAAAACAGAUAAAUUAUCAGCACACAGGUAUGUAAGGAGAAUAUCCUGACAGGUAAUCUCACCUGCCUCUCCACUUCACUGUCAUCCUGACCUGCUGUCUCCAUGACAACCCCUCCAUUGGUGUCACCCUUUGGGGGGCAGCCGCCUCCACCUCAGCAGCAACAGCAGCCACAAGCUCAAGCAGCUCGAGACGUCAACACAGCGUCCCUAUGUCGCAUCGGCCAGGAGACAGUCCAAGACAUUGUCCUCAGGACCAUGGAGAUCUUCCAGCUCCUCAGGAACAUGCAGUUGCCCAAUGGAGUCACCUACCAUCCCAACACCCAUCAGGACCGGCUUGGAAAACUUCAGGAGCAUCUACGCAUGCUUUCCGUGCUCUUCCGCAAACUGCGCCUUGUGUACGACAAAUGCAACGAAAACUGUGCUGGGCUGGAUCCCAUACCUCCAGAGCAACUGAUACCCUUUGUGGAGGAUGACAGCUCUAAACUCGAAGAUCGCUCAGCCAGCCAGAGCCGCCCUGCCACCGAGGAGAGGCGAGAAAUCCUGGAGGUCAACAAGAAGUUGAAACAGAAGAACCAGCAGCUAAAACAGAUCAUGGACCAACUCCGCAACCUCAUCUGGGAGAUCAACUCCAUGCUGGCCGUCAGGAGCUGAACCACACGCAGUUGUGUUUUACGCAUACAAAGAAGAACGGACAGAAACUUACGGUCAUUAACUGGAUCAUGUGAAACAGGGUAUCGCAGACUGGCUGAGGCUGCACUUUACACAAGAAGAGGCUUCUAGGGGAUUUCAACCCAAUUCCCGAAGAAGAAGAAGAAGUAAAACAACGGAAGAAAAAUGGAAGGAGACAAAUACGAGCUGCAGUGAGAAGGAGCUGAAGACGGCAGAAAAUAUUCUGUCUACCUCAGUGUUCUGCAUUUCAAUCAACACGAUGAUUCUGAAUUAACCUGAAGAGUCGAUAUAUGAUGUUUUAUCUAUUUGUAGAUGUUAGACAAAUUGAUAUAUUCUAUUUAAUCUGCAUAUUCUAUACUUCUCUGUUACGUACCAGUUUCAUAGCAUUAGAAUUGUCUAAAAAGCCAAAUUAAAACUAAAAGGUUCUGUAAUGUCACUUAAGAAAUGCAUUAGGGAUGGGAAUGGAGAAUGGUUCCAUAUUGGUUUAAUCAUCAGAUAUGUAGGUUAUCAAUGCUUUUUAUUGAUUUAUUGAUGCCAAAGCAGCAACUCCUGUGAAAUCAUGAAUGUACUGUUGGAAAAUUACAACAAAUAUUAAAAGUGUAGCUUCAUUUCACACACAAAAUGAAAGCACUGCUAGUUGUAAUGAUUCUACUCUGAACAUUUCUAGUAAUAACAUAACCUGGUGAGGCGACAUGGAACAGGUCUGAUACAGUGAAGGGCUAUUAAGACACAACCGAUAUGUGAUCAAUAGUGUUUGAAUCACCUGUUGUAUUCAGUAUUAAAUGAAAACAUGUUUUCUCUGAAACUAUACAUAGUCUUAAUAAAUUAGAAAGAUGUGUUACCAUUCUAA